AUGUCUGUAGAUCAGGACACACCACCUCUUGUAGACUCUCCCUCACCAACCCCUGAGCCCGACCCAGAACCUGAACCAGAAUUGUCCGUGGAUCAGGACACACUACCUCCAGUACAACCUCCCUCACCACCCCCCGAGCCAGAAGCGCGUUACCCCACCCGGAACCGACAACCCCCUAGUGUCCUCACAUACGACCAGAUGGGAACUCCUACGCAGCAGUUUGUCGCUCCCGUUUUAGCAUCCCCGGUGGACCCUAGAUAUGCUCCGGUGCCCCACUCAAGCUAUCCAUUCCCACCAACCCUUCCAAUGUAUCCACCAGACCUUCACCCUGGACAGUACUUGCCAGCCCCAAUCCAGUACUACCCCCAGCAGUAUGGACAAGGAUGGAUGCCGAUGUCAAGACCACCAGUCCCUUUCAAUCCACUGAUUCAACGACAUUAG